CAUAAUGCGACCAAGAUGGAAGCAAUUUAGGCAGAAGUCAUUUGCGUGUUGCUCUUCCACCCACUAGCAGCACACACCAGGAGCUUGAGUGUAAGUGGCUGUAGGGCUUAGAGUCGCACUUGCAGUCUGGUUCCUGAGAGAACAUGCAUGUCGUCUACCGCAGUUUUAGUUUCCAUGGCCUGCUUGACUAAAUGGAAAUUGCCGUGAAAUGUGUUUGAGAGGGAGUGGAAUAUGUUUAUUUUCAAAAGCAGGACAGAAACUUCGGGAGCCGGCAUUUGGAUUUAUCUUCUCAAAAGGCAGGAAAACGUAGCCGCGUUUUCUUUACGGAUAGCAGUGAAUACAAAAACAGGUCUUGAUCGGUUCAUUCAGAGCAUCCUGUAGUCUGUAAAAUAUUUCGAUUGAUUACUUGAAAGGAGCUUCGGGUUGAUAGUCUGCUGUUUCAAGAAUAUCAUUCAUAUUGAGCACCAAUUUAAUAUCACAUUCUGUUAAAAUAGUAAUAUAACAAGAGAGAAAAACGAGGGGUUGGAUUUAUCUGAAGCUUGAUUUGUAUAAACUGAGUUUAUUUUAAUUUAUUUUUCAAACAAAUAAGUUUUACUGAUAACGUUUUCCGUUGGACGCGAGUUUGCCGAUUAGUCAAGCCAACCAUUUUGUGUUGUCAGUCACUGAUUUAUAUUAUGAGUCAGAAACAUUCCACACAUAAAUGUGGAUCACUGAAAGCCACGUGCGUGUGUCUAUGAAUGUUAACAUCACUGUCGAAAUGUGCCAACGAGCAUGAAACGAGAAUUAACAGUGGCUCACCCAGAGGUCAGUGUUCAUGCUUAAAUAUAAUUUUCGGACCUUUCAAACGAAGCAAACUCUGCCCUUGGAUGUCUCUCUCUUUGUGAUGCGGUUUUCCGCUGUAAGCCACCAUGUGUAGUGCUGUGUAAUUUUAUCCACGCUGCAACCUCUUGGUUCACACAAGACUGAUACCUUGCCUCCCCUUUUCCUUUGUAUCAAUUGGUCGGGGUUUGGGCUAUUGUUGCAGGAGGGCUCUUUUAUUUCUGUGCACACUGUCGAUCAGCGAAAUCUCACGAUAGGCUCCCUGUGAAACCGACUGGCUCUUUUCUCCUCCUCGGUCAGAUACAGUUUGCUUGGAGAGCAGAGUGGAACUCAUGAGCACUGACGAAGCGAACCCAUGCUGCUGCCACCAAGCCGGCUCUAGCAGAUGACCGCGGCGUAUUAAACAGAGGACAGAGGGAUACAGCAAGAUUUUAUUUUAAUGUUCGGUUAACUGGAUGACUGACAAAUGAUACUUCUUUGAUGGGACCCCGUGCGCCAGCUCUUUCUAUUCCAGCGAGAUUUUGCCGACAUCCCGCCAUGCCACAAUGGUUAUAAUUCUGCUCUUGUUGUUACUGAGCUUCUUGGAUCCGAGUUUGGAGGAAUCUCUGGCUCCGAGGCAGAGCAGGACCCCAAGGGCGCCUUGUGCCAGGGGCCAGGCGUGUGACCCAAGGCAGCGGCGAGAUGCUGGUGGACGCGGCGGGGUUUACGAGCACCUCGGAGGAGCUCCAAGACGCAGGAAACUUUACUGCGCCACAAAAUAUCAUUUGCAAAUUCACCCGAACGGGAAAAUAGACGGAUCUCUUGAAGAAAACAACCCUUUAAGUAUACUCGAGAUCACAGCCGUCGACGUUGGUGUGGUGGCAAUCAAGGGCCUGUUUUCGGGAAGAUACCUGGCUAUGAAUGAGAAAGGACGUCUGUAUGCUUCAGAAGUCUUCAACCGAGAGUGUGAGUUUCUGGAGCGCAUUCAUGAGCUAGGCUACAACACUUAUGCAUCACGGCACCAUGCGACCACCCAGCCUCCUCCAACAGGGUCCGGCGCAGGGGGCAGCAAACGCCGUGCCAGUUCUAAGAGGCAGUGGUAUGUGUCCAUCAAUGGAAAGGGACGGCCCAGGAGGGGCUUUAAGACACGAAGCACGGACAAAGCUUCCCUCUUCCUGCCCCGAGUUCUGGGCAACAAGGACCAUGAGAUGGUGCGCAAGCUCAGAGAGAGCCAGCGGCACCAAACAGGCUCUCAUAGGGCCCCUGUCGGUCGAGCAGAGCGCAGGAGACGACGACACAGGGGCUCCAAGGGCCACAACAGAAGGGCUGACAUUUAACACUCUCUUGCCACAGAUGGAAAUCCACAGCCACUGAGAGUCCAAAACAAGAGUCACAUGGGACAAUUUUUUUGGGAGAGGAUGAUUUCGAAGAAAAUCUUUUGGGGAAUUACGUGGCAAGAAGAGCGAAGAGAUUCUUGAAAUAAUAAUAAAAAAGACAGUCCAAAUAGGUUCAUGUGACCAAACUCAACACUACUGAAAGACGUGUAAUUAUUGUACAUAACUGUAUAGCAAUUUACUCUUUUAUUUGAGCAAAAUAGCAGAGUAAAUGUUUGUAAUCACAGAUUAGGAUGUUAUACAAGUGCUUAACAGUGUCGAUGAUAUGUUAUGUAUCGGCUUUAUAGGUGGUGUACAGACAAGCACUUUUUCCUUAUCGAAGUAUAAACUAGAAAACAAAGAUCCACACACAUAAAACAGAUGCUUUUUAACUCACAUGUGAUAGGCUACUGUUCUUAAACUGCAAUCAGGAGUACUUUGUAUAUUACUAAUGUAAUACAUAUUUAUUUUUGUUUAUAUGUUUCUAAGUUAUUGAUGACAUAGUUUCUACCCUUCGAAUAUUAAAGAAUUUUCUUCAGAAGAGAUUAGUAGUUAUCAUUGUUAGAAUAAUACUGUUAUCUUUGAACAACUGAACAAACCCUUAAGAGUAGACUCCUCAGUUUUCUAUCCCUUAAUACAAAUUUGAGUCUAAACAAUAUAUAUAAUGGAAUCAACUCUGAGGCAUAGUAUUGAUAAAUAUCAUAUCUGUAUUGAACACUGUAAGCAGGGUAGCCUAAUGCAUUAAAACGGCAUUGUUUGACACUGAAAUCUGGAGAAAUG